AUGGUCGACCAAAGAAAGCGGCGACGCUCUCGUUCACGUUCACGCUCUACGAGCAAGCGUCAAGUCGUAGCGCUCGAUGAACAACAUCAGAAAGAAGCAGAGCGCAUUGCUGCCAUUGCAAAACGAGCAGAAGAACGUGCAACUGAGCGCAGUAUGGCUAAGAAAGAAGCUUUGGUGUCAGCUCCAAUAGUAACGAAUGAAGCCAAGAGUGCGUCGAUUGGUGCUGCUACAAGUGAUCGGAAACUCCCAUUAAAGAUCGUCAAAGUAUCUGCAUCGAUGGAGACUGCUCCAAUGAAGCCCAAAUUCCGCUCCAAGGCACAGCGACAGCAGGAUGCACUCGAGAACCUCGAGAAGAAGCGACAGGAGAUGGAGCAGCAACGGAAGGAAGCAGAGAAUGCUCGACGUCAGUUUCUGCAACGUCAACGGAGUGACAGAGAACGACAUAAAGGAGUUAAAUCUCAUGGAGAUCGUCGUUGUAAUGAUUGCACUGGGACAAAUAUUCAGGAUACAGGCAGUACUCCACGUCGUGUGGUAGAGAGUGGUUCUACGUCUUCUUCCAAGGACGAAAAAUCAACGACGACGAUGGAUCUAAAUGAAGCUAAAGCACUACAAGCAUUGAAGGAUCAGUAUUUAGGCAAGACAGUCAAGAAAAAGAAAGUGGUCAAGGCGAGCGAAAAAUUUUCCAAGAUUUUUCAAUUUGACUGGGAAGCAUCGGAAGAUACGAGUGCUGAUUUGAAUCCAUUGUAUGCAAAACGCAUGGAUGUAAAUCUACUGUUUGGACGCGGGUAUCGAGCUGGUGUGGACAUGCGGGAGCAACGAAAGAAGAACUCGUUUUUGGAAGAGCUUAGUCAUAAACGUCAGAAGGAACAGCAACUUGCAGAUGAGACCAAUGGUACUUUGACUAGUGAAGAAAUUGCAACUCGAAAACAAGAACGUGAACGGGCUUUGCGCAGCAUGCAAGCUCGCGAGCGGGACCGUAUGCAAGAAAUGGCUACACAAGAGGCCAAAACAAUGGGCACGCACUGGUCCGACAAAUCACUGGACGAGAUGAAAGAACGUGACUGGCGUAUCUUUCGCGAAGACUUUGAUAUCACCAUUAAGGGUGGCCGGGCUCCAAAGCCCCUGCGCAAGUGGGAUGAAGCUCGAAACGUGCUUCCGACUGUCGUGUUUGAAGCUAUCAAAGAGAUGGGUUUUGAACGACCGUCGCCUAUUCAAAUGCAAGCUAUCCCUAUCGGGCUGCAAAAACGUGAUAUCAUUGGUAUCGCCGAGACUGGUUCAGGUAAGACUGCCGCCUUUGUGAUCCCCAUCAUUGCUUACAUCUACUCGCUUCCGGCCACGAUGGUAGCGCGGACUGGCGAGCAAGGUCCGCUAGCUCUGGUCAUGGCACCUACCCGUGAAUUGGCUUUGCAGAUUGAACAGGAAGCUAUCAAGCUCUGCAAAUACACAAGUGUGGGGCUACCUGAUAAGUUGAACCCUAUCAAGACACUGUCAGUUGUUGGUGGGCAAAGUAUUGAGGAUCAGGGAUUUCGUCUCCGUGAGGGCGUAGAUGUCAUCAUUGGUACUCCUGGUCGUUUAAUGGAUUGUCUCGAGAGCCAUUAUCUGGUUUUGAACCAGUGUAAUUACGUGGUAUUGGAUGAGGCUGAUCGCAUGAUUGAUAUGGGUUUUGAGCCCCAGGUUGUUGCCGUGUUGGAAAAUAUGGGAUCUUUGCUAAAGUCCGAGAAUGAAGAAGAGAUGGAACAACAGCUUAAGUUGGCAAAUGGGGCUCAGCUAGGAGAAGAGCUACAGCACCGUCUCCGUGUUACAACCAUGUUUAGUGCUACAAUGCCUGUCGAGGUGGAGCGGCUGGCCAAGACGUUUUUGCGCCACCCUUCGAUUGUCAAGAUUGGUGAUGAGGACUCUGGCAAGAACAAGCGUAUUGACCAGCGUGUUAUGUUCAUGAAUUUGGGCAAGAAGCGCUCGAAACUGGUGGAAGUGCUGCGUGAUAUUCUAAGUGCGCAAUCUGUACCAACGCCGCGGUCGCGUAAGGAAAAAGUUGUGGAUGGCGCCAAGAUCAUUGUGUUUGUCAAUAUCAAGAAAGAAUGCGACUCGGUUGCCAAAUUCAUUUCUAGUGAGGGAUUUCGUUGCACGAUUUUGCACGGUGGUAAAACGCAGGACCAGCGUGAGGAGAGCCUCAAGAUGUUUCGUGAAGGCUACUGUGAUAUGCUGGUAGCGACGGACGUGGCUGGACGUGGUCUAGAUAUCCCAGAUGUGACUCACGUUGUCAACUAUGACAUGCCGUCCAAGAUCCAGAACUAUUCGCACCGUAUUGGUCGUACUGGUCGCGCUGGCAAAGAAGGUGUUGCAAUUUCAUUCCUCACGGAGGACGAUGAAGAAAUUAUGUACGACCUCAAACAGUACCUUGUGUCGACAGAGAUGUCCGUACCAAGUGAGCUCGCUAACCAUCCGUCCGCGAAGGCUGCUCCUGGCGCUCGUGAUGAGAAGGGUAACGUGAUCGCGCGCUCCAAGCGUGACACUGUCAUCUACGCCAAGUAA